AUGCCUCUUAGAUGCGCUCUCUGUGGGAUUGCCAUCCCCUGCCACCACCAACCAGACCAACAACGACAACAAGUUUGGUGGCGCAAGAUCUUCGCUGUCCAACGUGAAGAAGACCAGCGUGAAGAAGACCAGUCUCACUUCUCGCUCGUGCCUCUCGGAUAUUACGAAGAUGGGUCUUUGGAACCGCACCCAGUCAUCCCGCCGAAUGAAGGAUUCUUCAUCCACCAAGCAUGUUGGUCCAUAUACCGUGACCAGAUGUUCUUGAACUCAGAGCGACGCUAUGACACCGAGCAGAUCCUGCAGGCGUUGUUUGACUUCAUUCAGAGUAUGCCUAGCAACAGCGAUGGUUGGAUAUCGUAUCUUCGCCAUCAGAAUGAACCGGCGGUGUUUCUUGCCACGUUUGCAGGCUACCCUGGCUACUGGGAUUUCUUGAAAGCCGAUCCAAGUAUAGCCGUCACCCAUCCAAAUUCGCAUCGCUUUGUUGAUGGAGGCACUUACGGUACGCAAGCAUCGUCGGACGUCUUCUCCAGCCUUUCUACCGAGCUGAACUAUUGUGUCAUCAACUUUCUAAAUACCGUGUCUUUUUGCAACCUUCGACUUGCAUCAACGACUAUUGCGAACCUCAGCAAGCCUGGCGAUAUUCCUCAAGCCUUCUGGGCAAGUCGUUUCACCCGUGAUCACGAAAUGAACUUCUUUCCGAUGGAACACGACAGCACUGAGACAUGGCGAGAUCUGUACUUCAACCUCAAGUAUUCCCUUAAAGACAGCUCUACAACAGGACACAUGCGAAAUCGGCUUUGGAUCUGGAAGGGUCUUGACAAGAUCACGCCCUACAUAAUCGCCAUACUUCAACAGCGUCCAUGCCUGAAGGAUACAGCUCAAUUGAGAGAGCAUAUAGCUUCAGAGGGAUAUGAAUUGACCCAUAAGAUACAAGGGUUUGAAGGCGUACCAGGCACAAAUCCUUCCGGGGGCAUUCGGGUUACAGGCUCGCGAUACCUGAACCUGCGAGGCGGUGCAUGGAUCUCGGUUACCAGAGGGUCUAUCGAUGGGAGGCAGUAUAUAUUAGGCUUUCGGGUACAGAGGCGAGACGGAAAAGAGAAGUUACGCAUUGGCCUGAUCAACACUAACAAAGAAACAACCUUUUUCAUUGGGGAAACUGAUCAAGUCAUCGCUUUGAAGGUGGCGACGACCUUUGGUGGUAUAGUUGGACUUGCCUUUAGGAUCAAGGAUAAGCUCAGUGGAGUAGAUUGGAAGGUCGUGGGCAAAGUCGGCGCACUUGACGAUUAUGUUGGCAUCAAAAUCCUAAAGCCGCAAAAUGGCCGAUACGUAAGCGGUCUGCUGCUUGGCCUCGAUGCUUGCAAAGUCGUUUCUAUCCAGCUGGUAGAGAAGCUAGGCGACGCUACUGCUAUCGACAGUUCAGGACAGCACGUAUGGCACCCUGCACCGCCUCAACCGGACGUGGUUACUAUAUUGCCUCGCACCAUCGAUGUAGCAGCGUCGCAACCUACGUUCAUCAUGAACAUGGACUUUGGCGGCCCAAGCGGUUCAUUGCUCCCACUCCUCACUAGAAUCGCCAUAUUCCACGAUCAUAUAAAUCACAAUGUCAGAGGCUUGGGCUUCUACUACAAUGACGGAACAGAAAGGGAGUUCGGCUUCCGUGAAUUCUUAACUGAUUAUCGAUGUCGAGACACGGCCCUUGAAAUGUCUGUUUCUAUCGAUGGACCGGCUGGCGAGAGAAUUAUUGGCGCUGCUUUCUUCCCAGACUCCAUCACGUAUGAGAUUCAAAUAAAUACUAAUUUUGGGCGGUGGAAGACUCUUGGGGAUAGGGAUCCCUCACAAACAAGGAAUUUCCUGGUUUCGCCUCAUGGAGAGACUAUAACUGGAUUCCUGGGACAUAUGCGUAUGGCUCCAUUAUCUGCGACACUAGAAUCCAUGGGACUUGUACAUCUUGACCAUCUGGAGUCAGUCUCGCCCAAGCCGCCGCCAACCACGCCCAGCUACUACAAAGGCCUCCUAGGAGGAACAACGUUUGUUCUUCUUGACGGCGUCAAGCGCGUGGGUAUCUCAUGCGGAAGAACGGGACGCAGCCGACGUCCAGAUCAUGUAUCAGGCCUCUACUUCGAGUUCUGGGACGGAAGGCCACCCGCGUAUGUUGGUCAGUGGUUUAAAGAGAUUGGCCAUCUCGAAGUUUAUCGAGGUGAAAGAAUCACGGGCUUAACCUUCUGGAACGAAGUGCAGAAUUGCGCGUGCCAUCAUGGUAGAAAUGCAAGGUACAGCGGAGUACGGAUCGAAAAGUCUAGUGCUGAACCGAAUGCUGUCGAGGUGCAUCCUGGGCCACAAUGCAAUAUGCACGAAACAUGUUAUGUAGAGAAUCGCUUCGAGAGAUUGGACACUUUUGCUUGGCUUACUUCCCAUGAUCGCGACGCUAACGACGUUAAAGCGAAACCUACACCGUUGGCCAAGAACUGCCUUUCGAGCGCAUCGCAUAUACGCGAGGAAGUAUGUACAAAUAGCGAUAAGCUCUUCUGGGAGAUAGAAGAUGGCAAGGGAGGCUGGACGAGUGUGUCUCAGAUCGCCGCGUUCUUUAAUCCUAAGAAGAAGCGACUCUGCGGUCUGGAGUUUAUAUACAGGGACCACCAGGUCAAACGCGGUGGGUAUACCGAGGGAACCAAAGUGAUUUUGGAAGUCAAAUCACACGAAAAGGUCACAGGCGCAUCAUCCAGCGUUUCGACAACAACUGUCGACGGUGGCGUUGAUCUUGUAUCUUUCAUGUUGGGAGAUAAUCGAAGGAUGAUGAUGGACUUCAGCGGAGUGAAGGUCGAUGAUUCGAAUUUCUACCAAGUGCUCCGUUUGCAGAUUGCGGCCUCAGUGACGAGAGAGGUGCCCGAUGGGGCGUCGAAGUGUGUUGGUGUGUACCUGGAAAUGUGGCCAGACGUGAAGCACAAGGUUUGCGUUCAGAAGUUUGGGUCAGUGUAUGUUGAGCCCGCAGAUGAGUAG